ACGGCGUCGUGCAACAUGGUGGCCGACACCGACCACCCGGCCACCGUCGCCAAGGACGGCGGGGAGGCGGACAUCGCGGAACAAACCCACAGGACUAUCUUCGACCUGGUCAAGUCCGGAGAACUCUCUGAAAUAGCUGAAUAUGUCGAGAAAACCGGCACCGAAGUACUACGCGCAAGAGACGAAUGGGGUUAUACUCCAGCUCAUUGGGUAGCUCUUGAUGGAAACGUGGAAAUCAUGAGGUACAUCGUCGACAGAGGGGCGCCCAUUGACUUGCCUUGCCUUGGUACUCAAGGCCCGAGACCUAUACACUGGGCCUGUCGAAAAGGCCACGCAGCUUUAGUUCAGGUCCUCCUGCAGGCCGGCGUCGCAGUGAACACGGCCGAUUUCAAAGGUCUCACACCUCUCAUGACGGCCUGCAUGUUCGGACGAACCGCCACUGCCGCCUACCUCUUAGGAAUGGGUGCUUCCAACGACCUUAUGGACAUCAACGGAGAUACUGCCCUUCACUGGGCGGCAUACAAAGGCCAUGCCGACCUAAUCAAGCUCCUGAUGUACUCGGGGGCUAACUUGCAGAAGCCUGACCACUUUGGUUCGACGCCGCUACACCUGGCUUGUCUGUCAGGGAACCUCACCUGCGUCAAGUUGCUGUGUGAAAAAAGCAAUAUUAACCUAGAGCCUUUGGAUAAGAACGACAAAACUCCGUUGAUGCUUGCUCAAAGUCAUAGACACAACGAUAUUGUAGAACUUCUGCAAACGGAGAAAAAGCGAAGUUCUAGUUGGUUUCCUCCAGUCAAUGAAGUUUGGGGCCUACUUUUCGGGAAAGCUGGGAAUUCCAAAGCUCCUCUCAUAUUCUUUAUGAGUUCGGUGCUGCUUUGGGGCUAUCCCAUGUAUAUUGUAAGGUGCAUACCGAUAACGUGGAACAUCCUCCGGGGCUCCCACUACUGCUUCAUAUACUGGAACGUCGUGAUGUGGGUGUGCUGGUUCGUGGCAAACAGAAAGAACCCCGGUUACAUCCCCAUGAACUCCGAAUCCUAUCACCGAUCCAUCAAGCAGAUCCCGAUGUUCGACAAGUGGAAGAAACGCAACGCCAUCCUCAACAGACUAUGCCACACCUGUCGCUGUCUGCGACCUCUUCGCGCGAAACACUGCAGGAUUUGCAACAGAUGCGUGUCUUACUUUGACCAUCACUGCCCUUUCAUCUACAACUGCGUGGGAUUGAGGAACAGGACUUGGUUCUUCUUGUUCGUAAUGAGCAUAGCCGUGAACUGCUCAUUUACCAUUUAUUUUGCCAUGUACUGUAUCGCCAUCGAAGGGUUUGGCAUUCUGUACAUUUUGGGGUUGUUGGAGGCGUUUGUCUUCUCUGGAUUGGGGUGGAUUUUGACGUGCACCUCGAUACUACACGCUUGCAUGAAUCUCACCACCAACGAAAUGUUCAACUACAAACGGUACCCCUACCUGAGGGACAAGAGGGGUAGAUAUCUCAACCCCUUCUCGCGCGGACCUAUUCUAAACCUCGUUGAAUUCUUCUUCUGCACACCCGAAGACUACGACGAUGAUUACGGUUACGAGUAUAUAUGAUACAGGAAAAACAGCAUCUGUAACACCGAGAAAAAGACGCAGAGAUAGCUUCUUCAGCUUCACGUUACUAAUUCAUAGUGUUAAAUAUUGUCAAUUGUACAGUAUGUCUUAUGAAACAUAAAAAUGUGGGUACAAAACAAGCCGCAUCUACUUCUAUAGAUGUACAAGGUGUUCAAAGAUUGAUACAAAAUUCAUUUUGAAUUUAUUGCGCUAUUAAACUUUAAACACUUUAUAUCGAAUAUUUGAUUUUUAUGAAAUUUGAAAGUUUCUGCAGUCUUAGAGAUCAAGUAAAGCCUUUGCCAUGUACCACCCUUCAAUAUUUGCGUUCAAAUCUUUAAAAAUCUAUAGUAGAGAGAGCUAUAACACAAUAGGUAGUAUAAUAGGAUCUAUGCUAACUAACUUAUUUGUUA